ACAUCCAGCGUCGUGGAUGAAAAUAAUAAAACAAUCAAUAAUUAUAAUUAAAAUUGUGGAUUUGCCGGUGGACUGGCGGUCGCAGCCCCACGAGGCCUGCUGACGACGGUGCACCGUGCAGUAAGUGGAUGAGUAGGAGGGGAAGGGAGGCGCCCUGCGUUGGCGGCACUGCGGCAGUUUCAGCUGACCCAGAAUCGGAUCGCGCGCGCCAGCCAGUCCUGCGGGAAAAAAUAAAAUAAGAGAAAAAAAUAGACAAAAUACACGAUAUUAUAUGUAAGCGAAGCUGUAUUACUGUGUCCUAUGCCUUUUUCUUAAUUAUUGUGCUAAAUUAUUACUUUAUACCAAACUACCGUUAAAUGCAAACGCCGUGUCCGUGUGUACGUCAUUCCGCAACGCUGUAGUGAUUAGUGUGUAGGACUGCACGCUGACACGGUGAUGUCAACGAUUAUUGUCGUGGACGGGCGUUCUUCUGUUGCUGGUUGUGCUAUGCCCGUCGUAUAAGUGUAUUGUUAAAAAGACAUGAGUGUUGCAAUGGAACAGAACGGCGGUGGGGCCUUCGAUCCUGUUGUGCUCAUUUCUCGUUUAGCUUUGGCUGGCCUAUUGGAGUCGUUAGUGGGAUCACGAGAUGCCAUAUCCGCAUCCAAAGAAGAACUGGACUUUUUGUCCAACUUAUUGCAAAGUAAGGAACUGCACGCUCUUUUCAAAGUCUACAAUACCAUUGUUGACCGGGUUCGUGACGAUCGACGAUGUUCUCCGGUCUUGUCAAGUUCCAUGCAAACUACAUUGGACGUCAUGGAAGUUAUAUUGCCCAGGAUUGCUCUCAGUGAUACAUCCAGACAACUUUUUCAACUAUUACAAAAUCCUCAUAUACAGGGACUUCUGUGUGCCCAUGACGCAGUAGCUCAAAAAGACUACCUGCCCCGACUGCCAGACAUUCCUCAAGAAAUGGAUGAGGACGAAGAGACAAUCAAGAUUGUACAAUUGGUUAAAAGCACUGAACCAUUGGAUGGGGAACCUGAUUCGGCUGAACCAAUUGUGGGUGCCACAAUAAAAACUGAUGAAGAAAAUGGGAAAAUCAUUAUAGCAAGGGUCAUGCAUGGUGGUGCUGCAGACAGAUCUGGUUUAAUAAAUGUAGGUGAUGAAGUUUGUGAAGUUAAUGGAAUUAAUGUUGAAGGAAAGUCACCGGCAGAUGUACUCCAAAUACUACAACAUUCUGAAGGGACAAUAACAUUCAAACUAAUUCCGGCAGACACGAAAGGUGGAGCACGAGAAAGCAAAAUGAAAGUUCGAGCCUAUUUUGAUUUUAACACUGAUGUUGAUCCUUACAUUCCAUGCAAAGAAGCUGGCCUAAGUUUUACCAAAGGAGAGAUACUUCAUAUCGUUAGUCAGGAUGAUCCUUAUUGGUGGCAAGCUCGCAAAGAAGGCGACCGUAACAUGAGAGCUGGACUUAUACCAAGUAAAGCUCUUCAAGAACGUAAAAUAAUUCAUGAAAGAUUGUCUAUGGCUGAUCAAAAAAAAAAAUGGGUCCUGGAUACCAUUAAUGGGGGUUGUAUUGGUGGGGGCGGUAUGACAUGUUUGCCAGACCGUUCAUUAGCCAAGGACCCAUUAUGUGGGUCACUGGCCGCUCUGAACGAUCUCGGUGAAGACAUGGCGUCCGAAUGUUCGGUACGUACACGUGUUAAAAAAGUUAUCUAUGACGCAGCUGAAAGUGAUGACUAUGACCGUGAAGACAUUGCAACUUAUGAAGAAGUGGUCAAGUUGUAUCCAAGACCUGAACUUCCUCGACCUAUCGUUUUGGUUGGACCACCUGGAGUUGGUAGAAAUGAGCUGAAGAGACGUAUUAUGGAAUUAAAUCCUGACAAAUAUCAUACACCUGUACCACACACAUCCAGAUCUCCUCGGCCCGGAGAAGUAAAUGGUAAAGAAUACAAUUUUGUCCCAAGAGAAUUGAUGGAAGAACAAAUAGCCCGUGGUGAAUUUUUAGAAUUUGGUGAAUACAAAGGCAAUCUUUAUGGCACAUCUUUAGAAAGUGUUAAAUCAAUCAUACGUUCCGGACUUACGUGUAUUAUAAAUCCACAUUAUCAGGCAUUAAAAAUGUUACGCAAUCCUGAUAUAAAACCUUACAUUGUAUAUAUUAAGCCACCAGUAUUUGACAUAUUAAAAUCAACUAGAAAUGCAGCAUUUGCUAUGUCAACAUUUGAUGAAACAAAUUCUAGAGGUUUUACAGAUGAUGAGUUCAAUGAGAUUCUAAGGAGUUCCAAGCGAAUAGAAUUUCUUUAUGAUCAUUGGUUUGAUGAAAUAAUAGUAAAUGAUGAUUUCAAGUCAGCUCUGGAGCAACUAUUAGAAGCAGACCAUAAAUUAAAAACCGAACCAUUAUGGGCACCUGCUGCUUGGUUACAGUAAUUUUAACAAAACUAGUCAAUCAUUCUUAACUCGCCACCAAAACAGUAUUUAUAAAUGUCCAAUAGAACACAUCAAUUUUCGACCAAUAUAAAAAUGAAACAAUCUACCAUUUUGUUCUAAUUCUGAAUGGAUGUAGAUAUAUACUUUUAAUAGAUUUUAAAAUAAUAUAAAAGUUAGAGAAGAGUAUUGAUAAUAAAAUACAAUUCUUUACACACAAUAAUUUAUUUAUGCUUUUAGAAACAAUGUUAAAUAACUUAAUAAUACGCUAUUUACGGUUGUGAAAUAUUUUUUAGAUUAUAACUAAUAUAUUUUUACCCAUUUCUAGUCAAUAAUUUGGAAAAUCCCACAUUUAUUGAGAUUUAUUAGUAAGUGUUAGGUUUUACAAAUUAUGUUUUCUGAAACUUUAUUAUUACUAAUUAUUUUUAGUAUAGGCAUUAAGCAAAAUUUCAGGAAAUAUAUUUUGUUUUAAUACAAAUUAUAUUAUUGUUAAAUUCUUAAAUAGAAUCUAUAGUAUACAUGAUUCAAAAUCAUACACACAAUACACCAGACAUAUACCAACACUUUGUAACUGUGUAAUUAUUCAAAUUUAAUUUUGUUACACACUGUAUGAUAACAUUUUAAGUAUGCUGUUAUUAUGUUGUAUUUCAUUCAUAUUUCAUAAUAUGACAAUUGAACAAAUAUUUGUACUUAUUUAAAAUCUUAUUGAAUUAAUUUUUAAAUCUGUUUUACAGCCUAAUGUGAAAUUGAAAAUAUAUGAAUUAUUUAUCAUCUUUAUCUAAUGAUGAAAUACAUAAAUAUAAUAUUAGGGUACAUUUGUUAUAUAAUUGUGUUAUUGUAACUAUUUUUUCUCUAUUUAAAAAAAUGUUUUAAUAGUUUAUUCAGUGGUUUUUAGAAUAUUGAGAUGAAAUUUAUGUAUACUGAACAUUUAAUAAAAUGUUAAUUUAAAUCUUAAAUAUUUUACUUUGUUUUAUAUUAUAAACAUUUCAUAAUUGUUUAAAGAAAACUGUUUGGUUUACAUAAAAAUAUACUACAUUUUUCAAUUUUCACCGUUAAAUGAUACCUAGUGUGUUCAAGUGAAUAUAAUGUUUUAUGUCACAUGAAUGAAACUAAGUACCGUUACAGAAAAUAUAAUAAUAUAAUAUGUAUGUUUUUUUUCAUAUUUACUAAAACUCAAAUACCAACAGAUAACACUGUUAUAUUUGGUUGGCAGUUACAUAAAUAACUGAAUGUCAUCGGUCAUUGAUCAUCACCACUCAUCAUGACAUAUGAUUAUAUGAACUAAAAAUUUAUCUUAAAAUUGGUAUUUUUGAUUUUUAUUGGGAAGUUUGAAUAAUAAUAAAUAAUAAUCAUACUAUUGUUAAUUAUUUUGUGUCUCAACGGUGAAAAUUAGAGAUAAAAAUCCUAUUACUUCAGUAUAUUGUUUUUAGCAGUUUUUAGUAGCUGUUGUCAUAUAUUUUAUCAUAUUAAUUUUUAUAAAUAUGUAUUAGUACUAUGAAACAUCCAAAUUGAAUAAACAAUACACCUUAAAUGAGUUUUUAAUUUUAAAAAUAUAAUAUAAAUUCAGACACAUGAGUUGGAAAUAGGAAUAUCACUAAUAUUUAAUUAUAAAAUUUAAACAAUACCAACAUUUUUCCACUAGAAUCUGCUAUCUAUGGUUAUUUUUUACAAAGAUAUGUUUUACAAAUUUAUAUUAAAACUUAGCCUAAGUAUGGCACAUAAGGUAAUUAUUUUGCCAUCUUGGGAAUACAAAAUAAGCUUAUUUAAAAUAGUAGUCAUUUUUUUCUUUAAAGAAAAUUUACAAUCUGUAUAUAAUUAAAACAAUAAGCAAAUUUGAUAUUUACAAAGAUUACUUAUAGUUGAGUUAUAAAAUGUGUUCAUUUAAUCAUAAUUAAAUAUAAAACAAAUAUUUCAUUUUUAAGGCACACAAAUUACAAAUGUUUACUUAAAAUAAUUAGUUGAAUACUAUCAUUGGACAUUGAUUAUAAAGUAGAUCAAUGAUAUUAAGGAUAAGUUAUCAAAAUAUAUUUAAUUUUAACAAAUGAAGUAAAUAUGUAAUAAUUAUUUACAAUAAAACUUGGACAUGUUUACUAUUAUAUUCAUAAGAUAUAAAAUACUACAUUAAAUUUAUUGUUUUAUAUUCAAUAACAUAAAGAAUAUAAUAAGAUGAAAAUUAACCGAUUUCCAUAUUUACUUGAUUCAUUAUUAUAAAUAAAUAAUUUUAGAUCUCAUAAGAUUACACUAUUAAUAUUUAAUACAUUUAAAAUCCUAUACAUAUUUUCAAUGAUAAUGUUUAUGAAAUAUUAACAAAAUAUACCUAACUAUACUAAUCUAACC